AACAUUGCCAGGAGGUGAAGAGCGGGAGAGCCAACAGUCGAGUUCUUGUCACUUCUUAAUUUUCUUCGUAUUUGAAACACGGACAGUUAAGCAGAACAUUUAAGACGUCUUUGUCUGCUUGUAGAGGUAUUUUAUUUACUUCGCGGUGCCUAUAAUUCAGUAAGUCACAAGAAAGCGGUGCACAGUGUCCCUAAUGUGUAAUGUACUCCAGGCAGAUAAAAGCAGCAGGAUAUUUAAACAGUAUGUUGCUCUUGUUCCUGUCGCCCCGAAAUUCAUGAAUUUGAUCAUUGGAAUCUAACUAGCUUGUGUGCAGGUGUUGUGAUGGAGGCCAGCAUAUGUUCCAGCAUAUGUUCUCAGGAGGACAAUGUCAAUCUCUAUUUUGUAAAGCUGGAUGAGGACUCCCCUUCCAACAUAUUGCUCUGUGCUUACCAGGCAUGUGAAAAGUUCAACAGGCAGUGGCUGUCGCUUGGAGACUGCAAGCAAGUCACCCCCACCAAAGAAGAUGUAUUUAUUUGUGACCCAUUUGAAGGAGAAGCUUUUGAAUACCUGGUAUCAUGCCCCAAGUCUAUUGUGGUAGGUCCACGAUGCAUCCUUUCUUGUCUUCACCGCAUGGAACCAAUCCCUGCCCUUCCCUCACCACUACACAAUACAGCCAUGAGUGGUAUUGUUAUCACUACCACAGGCUUCCCCAAGCCCCAGAAGGAGAAGCUGCAGCAUUUGGUCCAGCAGAUGUCUGGUAUCUAUUCCAACAGCUAUCAUCAGGAUGUGACUCACCUUGUGGUCAAGAUGGUUGGCAGUGAGAAGUACAAGGUUGCAGUGGAACAGGGAUGUCCCACCAUGACAGAAGAUUGGGUUACAGCUGUGUGGGAGGCAGUACUGACUGGGGAUGUGUCUAGCCAUGUCUCUGCCUCAGAUAACCGUUUUUUACCUUACCUGUGUAAGCCUUUGCAUGGACUGGUAGUGUGUGUUUCCCAGGCAGAUCAGUCCACCAAGUUGUCCCUCAAGAAGCUCAUUGAGGAGAAUGGUGGUACAUACACCACAAAACUGGCAAUGGGGGAGACCUCUGUGCUCAUUGUGUCAUCUCCUGAAGGCAAAAAGUACCGAUUUGCCAUUAAGUGGGGUGUGCCAUGUGUCUUCCCAGACUGGCUUCAUAACUCAGUACAACAAGGCCAUGCCCUUGACAAGGAAGAGUAUGAAGUGCUUCCACGCAAAAGCUCCACUUUCAACUCCAUCCUUGGUAAUGAAAUGCCACCUGAUCUUUCAAUGUGCAGCACCAUCCUGAAUGACACAGAUACACAAAGAACAAUCAGCUCUGUAGAUGAAACUGUGUCCUUGGAUGUCUUGGUGAAGGAGAGGGACAUUCAAGAGGAGAACAGUGAAGAUGUAGAGGCCUUGGAGAAUCUGGAUCUGCAGGAGGCCAUGAAGGCAGGCAGCUUCCUGAAGGGCUAUCGUGUGUUCCUGUCAGGCUUCAAUGCCAACCACAUGGAGAAGCUGAGGCGGGUGCUGGGUGCUGUAGGAGCCUCCAGACUCAACCAGCUAACAGAAUCUGCUACUCAUGUGGUGCUAGCUAUACCAAAUGAGGAGCACAUAAGGAUCAUGCAAGGGUGGAAUACAAAGCCUCAUGUUGUCUCUGUCCGUUGGCUCACUGAGAGUGUCCAUCUGAAGCAUCCAGCAGAAGAGUCCCACUUUGCUUUCCUAGUGCAGGCAUGCAGGGAGGUGCAGCUCUCUCAGACAUCCUCCACAGGUACCCAGAGAUCUUCUAUAAGCAGCACUGCAUUAGGUAAUGAUGAGACCCAUGUGGAUGAAAAACUACUUCAGGAGCAUUCUCAGCACCCAAGAAGGGAGUCAAGUGCCAAGGAGUCAGAGCAGGAUCUGUCCCUGCUGCCGGAGUCCCAGGCAUCAGAGCUACCAGGCAUUUUCAGUGGGAAAAUUUUCUCUGUAUUUGGACGUAACCAGGAGAUGAAUGAAGAGUUGGAGGAAAUGAUAGAGCUUCAUGGUGGCCAUGUGGCAGAGGUGGGCAGUUCAGAGGCCAUCCAUUACUCAGUGGUAACUGCUGGGGACCUCCACAACUGGAAUAAGGGACAGCUAAUCUCCCGUGCCUUCCUGGAGGACUGUGUUGAGACAAAGAGGUUAUUGGCUGUGGAAUACUACCACCUUCCACUCCUGCUGCCAGGGAACUCCUUUCCAUUGGAAGACUGCUGUAUCACUGUAUCCAUUUAUUCUAAAAGUGAACGGCACUUCCUAGAGCACAUUUCAACCCUGCUUGGAGCUCAAAACCAACAGACAUUUAGCAAGAUGAGCAAGCCUGAUAAGAACAUCCUAGCCAACACACAUUUGGUGUGUCCUACUCCCAUUGGAGCCAAAUAUAAUGCAGCUAAAAGGUGGUGCAUCCCAGCUGUGACCUGUGACUGGCUCCUUGAGUGUGCCAGGAGUGGCAAAAAGGUUCCUGAAAAUACCUUUCUGGUAGAUUGCAGUGACAAUGAUACUAUGCAGCUACCAAGGAAGGAUAUUAUCAUGGAGUUAUGGAAUUCUGCAGUGAGAGAAGGAGAAAAGAGGAAGGAGGUAGAAGAGGAAGAAGAGGAGGUAGUACCUCCAACCCCACAUGUGGCAAAAAUCAAGUCCAUCCAAUCAACGGAAGUGCCUAUGUCCCUCUCUCCUGAUAGACCAUUUAACUGGGAGGCAAUCAGUAGAAUGUAUCCAACUCCAGGCACUGCCCAGUUUUAUCAAGCAAAGAGAGAAGAAGACCUGGAUACCAUGCCAAGCCCAGAUAGCCCAUAUGGUCUUACCUGGUAUUCUGACCCUCCACCGAGGGUCAGGAAAUGCAUAAAAAAGCUCAUUGAUUCCUUACCAGGCUCUCCUCCAGGACUGGCUAACCCUACCAGAAAGUCCCCAACCAAAGAGCUAUUUAGUGAGUUUUUUGAGGACCUGGACAAAUGCACUAGAAAACAUCAACAGCUUUUAGAAGAAGUUUUGGACCAUAGGGUAAAGAUGAAAGGAAAAAUUGCUGAUAAGUCUGAAGAAGAAGGAAACAGUCUCCUCUCCACAAGCAAGGACACAGGUUUAGGGGAUAAUGAUCAUGGAAUGCAAGGAGAAUGGGAAGACAAGGAGGAGGAUAAUACAGUAGAGGUCAGAGCAGAUGAAAGACUUUCAUAUCAGCUGGAGGAGAUUGCCCGGGCCAGCCUUGUAGAGAGAAGUGGAGGAGUUGCAGGGAGGAAUAAGAUUCCCCUGGCAGAGCUGCAAAGACCCACCACACCCUCCAAAAUGCAUCACAUCGACUUGGAGUCACAACCCAGUGAGGAAGUAGAGCCUCUAGCAACUCAGAUAACUUGGAAUGAUCCUGAAGAACAUCUGGCUAGACUCAGCCUCCAGGAGCACAUGCAAAAGGAAACUGAUGACUCCUCUGCUCCAGUUCAAAAGGAAAAUGAUGCCAGCAACAAUUCCAAUGAUGAUGAUAGCAACAAGGAGAAUAUGCCAUCAGCACCAUGGCAAAACAAGUUGCCACCUCAACUAUCUAAUGACAAAAGCAAAGAAAGAGGUAGCUGCAUCACUUCAACAGAAGAUCCACAGCAACCAGUCUUCCUGCUUGUUGGUAUGAGUGCUGAGGAAGUGGAGGAUUACACUGAGAUAGUGGCACGAUUGGGUGGGGCAUUAAGUCUUAGCCAGACUUUAGAGGCCCAUGUUACCCAUGUAGUUGCAAAGAUGUUGUCACGCUCUGAGAGGACCUUUAUGUCAAUUGCCUCUGGAAAGUGGGUGUUGACAACCUCUUACCUGGACCACUCUCUCAAGGCUGGACAUUUCAUAAAGGAGGAGCCAUAUGCCUGGGGUAACCAAUCAAACAAGCACCAACCCAAGAUGGACACUGAAAGCAUGCAAACCAAACUUGCUAAAGCAGCCUGGCGGUGGAAGUGUGCUAUGAGUGGAGUGGGUGAUAAUCAAGGGAAACAAUGGUGGCAGAAGAAACAACCUUUUCAAAACAUGACAGCUCUCAUCCAUUCCCAGAGGUCCAAGUCCUUAUCUCGUCUGAUUGAAGCUGGUGGGGGGCAGGUGGUCUCUGCAAGGCCUCCAUAUUCUGAGGUAGAAGGUGUCACACACUUCUUUGUUGAAAUGGAAAAGCCUAAUGAGAAGAUUGACUUGGCCAGUUUUGCCUCCAGAGGUAUUCCUUGCCUUGAACCCAAGUUCAUCAGCAGCUGCAUAAUGGAUGAUGAUCCAGAAGCCAGUGACUUCUAUAUCCCUGCAUAUAAGGAAAUUCUUAUCAACAUGAGCUCCUGUAUACCAAGCCCUCUCAAACGUGCCCACCGGAAUUGAAUCCAUGGAAUACUUGGAUGCACCAAAAGUCUGUUAUUGAGCAAGUAGAGUAGCAUAUGAAAUAUGAAUGUCAAAAAAUGCUAUGAUACAUGUCACAAUGAUUAUUUGCUCAGAUACUUUUUUUAUGUUGUCUCAAGUUUUUCCUUCUUUCUUUCUUUCCAUUGAAGUGAGAGCAAAGUAGCAAACAAAAAUCACAGCUUUGACACUUUCUGUGAAAAGCCUAUUUUGGAGAGACAAGUGAAGCUACAGUGGUAGCAAAGUGACCCCAUUCCCAAGAUGGGAAUACAAGAUUGCUUGAACAUAAUAAAAUUACAUAAAAAAAUGUCUAGGCUGCAGCUAACUAUAAAUAUGAUGAGAGAAAAUUAUUAGCAAUGCAGGGAUGGAAGAAUCUUAUCUCAUUCAGUACCAUUAACAAAGGCCCUGAUAUAAGAGAGGAAAACAGUGAACCUCAGGUAGGGCUGUAGAUAUGCACUAGCUUCACUCAUAUCCCUGAAACAGGCUUUUCACUGAUGGUAUCAAAGCUGUUAUUUUAGUAAAGCUGAAAUCUAAAGUGAGCAAGAUAUGUGAACAUGGUGAGUUUAUAAGCCGAUGCUGAUUGGUUGAUGCCACAUAUUCACGGCUCAUCAUUUUUGUUUCAUACUGAUGUCACAAUUAAGGGUAAUUAUAUUUCAUAAAUACUAAAAUGUAUUGAUAAUCAGUAAUAAUCACAAAAUAUAGGCCUAUUGUGAGAAAUAAAGAAUAAACACAUACAUCAGUGAA